GUACAUAUUUGUCAUUCACUUGUGUUAAUGUUAAAUGAAUAAGUCAGUGUGGCUUUUCAACAUUGUAGAUGGUGAUUCUUACACCUAGUCUGAAGCAAAAUACACCAGUGAUGCAAUAAAUUAAAAAUAUAACAUCACACAGUAGGAGGAACUAACAGGGAGGCAGGGUUGAAGUGCUGUAUUUGCAUGUUGCAUACACUCAUAGAAAGAACCAGACUUGACAGUAGCUCAUAUGUUUGAAGUCUACUCACUCACAGGCAUGGCUGCUCAUCUCAUCAUUCUUCUUCUCUUCAGUGUGCUCAAAGGAGUUCACAGCAUAACUACAGUCAGUAAAGUAUCAGUGAAAGCUGGAAAAUCUAUCUCCAUCCCAUGUCUAUAUGAGUCCCAAUACAAAAACCAUGUGAAGUACUUGUGUGAAGGUUAUUAUUGGAUGUCCUGCAGCUAUGCAGUAAAAACAAACAAACCAGACCCUUCAGGAAAAUAUUUAAUCUCUGAUAACAAAAAACUGAAAAUUUUUACUGUGACUAUAAACCAGCUGGCACAUAAAAACACUGAUUACUGGUGCGCUGUGGAGAUUAAUGGAGAGGUGGAUGAUGGACAGUAUUUUCAGCUGUUAGUUUCCAGUGGUACCCCCAGUCUCUAUGUGGCUCAUCAGAGGAUUACAGGAUAUAUUGGAGAAAGCAUAACUAUCAGAUGUCACCACAGUAACUCUGGAGAAAUGAAGUGGUGCAGGCUGGGCAGGAACUGUGUGACAGGAUCAUCUGGAUCCAUAGAUGGUGCAGCAGUGACCACUCAUAUGAGACACCCAAAUGUUUUCACAGUGACCAUGAGUGGACUAAGGUCAAAGGACAGUGGCUGGUAUUGGUGUGCUAAAGCGGACAUUCAGAUACCAGUAUAUUUAAAUCUUACUGAGAAACCGAUCACUACCACUCUCCCUACUACUACUAUCAGUCGUACUACUUUUACUGCUACUACUACUAUCUCUACUACUAUUCAUACUGUUGCAACAAUGGAACAAGGGAAAAAUUCUACAGUAGGAGAAAAUAAACACAGAGCUUCAUUUGACCCAAGGAUCCUCAUCAUCCCUCUGAGUGUGUUGAUCUUGAUUGUAAUUGUUUUGUUGUUCAUCUGGUUUAUACUGAGACACAAGCAGAGGAAAGCAGACUCAUCAGUCACACCAGUGGCUGAAGAGGAAAUAAUACACUCUGAUGUUAGACCCAAGAAAAGAAGUUUAGCCAAGGUGGAUACGGAAGUAACAUACUUUGAAGUUAGACUCAACGAAAAAGGGAAGAGGUCAUUUGCUGAAAGUGAAAUGGAAAUCUUGUACAGUUCUGUUGUUAGGAAGCAACGCAUGAAAAGGGUAAAUAUUACAAGACCUGAAGCCAACCACACACUGUAUCUCACCUCCUUUAUUUCCUUCACUUCAAAUCAUUCUGUUUGUUAUCCCAGUGUCAUGCUUUCCUUUUAAUUCGAUCACAUGUUUCUUUGCUUUUUCUUCUUAAUUUCCUAACAAAUGUUCAUAAGAUUUGUUUCUGUUCUCCAACAGGGUGACGGAAAAGACACAGGAGUUACAUUAGAGCACAUUAGCUAAUCAGAAUUUAAAAGAUUAAAUAUUAAAACAUUUGCAAUUUUAUCUAUUUUAUCUGUACCUAUGUUACUGGAGUCUUGUGGAGCAAUGUGUUAUCUGCUGCCAUCAGCUUGUUAUUAGUAAAUCUUUUCUUCUUCUUGCUAACUUUUUUCCUGCAUAGCUGUAAAAUGGCUCAAAGAAGCAUUGACCUGUUUGUUUGCUCUUUUUCAGGAUCAUCAAUGUGAUUCUUGG